CGCUUGUCCUCUGAUGAUAUCUCGGGGUAUAAUCGCUAUCUAUGGCGACGUUGUGACCUCGGUGUUUUGGAGGAUGCACAAAGUGUGCUUCCACGGUGGCGUUGUUUCAUUGGUUUCGGAGGGUUCGCUUGCAAGCGUUCCAGGCUCUGUGUGGGACAUACUGAUGUUAGCGAAAAUGCCCUCAUCACUGUUAUUUUCAUCCCAUCCACCGCUGCAGACGCUCAGCAUUCCUUCUUGGACGCAGUUUCGCAAAGACAAUGCGCUGUCGCCAGUGAACCAGUCCCCAAACCACAUACAUAUCUUCCAAUCUUUUUGUACAGCUGUUCGCGUUCUUAUCUUUCUUAUUUGGUUGACGAUCGCUGGACGUAUCGCGUGCCACCAGAUUCAGUCUUCUGUUUUCUACAACAUCUUCGAGACACUGGCGCUAAUUGUGCCUCCCCUCUGCACUGCGCAUCGACUUCUCGUCAGGCUCCAGAUAGUUUCCUCAAUGUGGGCUGUAAAAAUCCGCGGUUGACCUCCGAGCUGGCCACAUUAUGGGGCGCGUUAAGGUGUGCGCUGGACUUUACAUCCCUGGCACACAUUGAUGCGUUUGUGAUCACUGUUCAUCGUGCUAUCCUUACCCAACACUCAGUUCUGCCCGAAGAUUUGGAAUGCGUUCUAAGCACAGCCUCAAAUAUGUUUCCCAUUCCAAAGCUUGUUUUAGAUAUCACCUCCUUUUGUCUAUGUUGUUGCCGACAUCUUUUGCGUAUCAUUCAGAUUGCUCAUUUCAAGGGAAACCAUCAUGGUUUGGACUACGCCUCAGUGUUAAAUGGCGAUCGACCAAACUUUGUUUACCCAGCAAGAGAGAAGCUUUUCAUCGGGUUAUCUCAUUUGGGAGAUAAUGUAAAUUGUACCGAGGAAAUAUGCGCACGCUUCGUUUCUUUGUCUGAUAAAUUUAUACGACUUGAGACCAUCCAUAGCGGAAGUGUAUUUGUACUUAGAAGCGGGCUGUCCAAAGUUGGAAGCCGCCCCAGCAGUCCUGUGCCAUUUUCUCCAUCUAUGGCUUCCCGUCGGAACCAAACGAUACCAGACUACUUGGCUACGACCGUGAAUCACACACGUAACGCCGAACUUUAUUUCUCCAUAGAAAGCGACACCAGCGAGAGUUCUGUCGUACUGGACGCGCCACGCGAAGAGACCUUCGGUCACCUGACCAAGCAUCCUCAAGUUCAGCUUGAUGUGGAUCCUGUCAUUCGUACUAUUGCCAGUUGGGUGGACGAAACUGCGCAUGAAACUGAAAAACCUUUUUUUAUACAUCUUCGUUUAAUAAUGAUCUAUGACAAUGAAUCCAUCCCUAUACCAUUAACAGAAGCUCUCCCGUUUUCGUGCGUAACUCGGUUCGAACAAGGGCUGCGCGAGAUCGUAUCACGUGUGCAUGGCUCAUUGACAUCUACCUCGAGGCAGACAGGUCCCGCAACCCAGUUCGAAUUGGAUCUCUCUCUGCUGCGCUUUCAUUUGGAAAUUUUACCCGUUUUCUGGUCGUCCGAACGUGUGUUUCAGUUCAACGUUGACGAAUGCGCUACAUCAUUGAGCCACACCAGUCAAAUGUGCCCACAAUUCACUUGCACAACGUUCCUUCUUGAUGAACUUGUUAAUACCAUCAACAGUUGGAGACACCACUCCGAUUCAUCAUCGUUAUCCCUUGCCCACAAAGGUGUCCUCUCUCAGCUUGUCCUCAAGCUGGCUUGGGAGAUGCAGGAUGAGGUCGUUUGUUGCCUGAGGUUAUUGGUUCCCGCUACAGAAGGUAGCUUACAGCUGGUUCUGCGGCAUAUAGAAGACACUCAGAAGCUUAAACGAGUUUUCUUGCUAACCAAGCGAAUGUCAGGACUGCUUGGUUUACAUUUUGACAAAAAUAUUUUAUUAUCGUCCAGCACGACUUCCGGUGAACGGUACUGUGUUCGCAAUUCAUAUCGUUCAUAUUCCUUCUCUAUGCACACAAGAGGAGGUAUUAUCCUUAAGCGAAUUGGUCUAAAUUUUGUUGUCCCCGCACCACAAGCCUUCAGCAAAUUUCUACAUCAUUUUGAGCAUUUUUCUUUCGCGCCAGUGAAUGCCCGUCUUCACUAUCUGGGAGGUUACUACUUUCUGGUAUCUGCCGUUAAGUUUGAUGAAGCUGGGCUCUAUGGAACGCCAUCGUCUGUCGGAGUAGACAGACGCUCGUCUCUCCAACCCCCUGCAAACAAUUCACCAAUUGGGAAACUUGAAACAUCACAGCAGUCCUCGACUACGGACAUUUCUUCUGUUUCGCUACCAUUGCAUCAAGAUAUCCUCUCAUGCUCAGAUCCCAGUGUUAAAAGUGCGGCUUCCGUUGAUCCGCACACAUCCAUUGCGUCUCAUCAGGAACUUCAUAAAAACUUGAGCACACAUGGCGCAGCAGGACCGACUCCUCGGAAGACGAUCCAGCCGCUUUCUGAUGAUGAUUCUGGUGAUGCGGACGAAGUUGUCCGGUUUUGUCGUAGGUUACGAGCGCAAUCCUUCCCUUCUGCUCGCUUCCUUUCCCAACAUCUUAAGGAAAGUUACUUAUUUGAUCAUUCCCUCGACAAUAAUGCUUCGAACGCUGGCUAUGAAAUUCCACCGUAUUGGUUGCUGUUACGCCUCUGCACCAAUUCCGUGUCCGUUUUUCUUCACCAUACUGGUACUCACAUAUCGCAAUCGAACUACCUCAGAGAUAUCAGUCAUUUCAAACAGUCCCGCACGUUGCUCAUUCGUUGUCAGACCUGCCACACGUAUCAAUUCACAGUGAAGAGCAUCCACCUCCUUAUGCGAUUCGUAAAUCAAAUGUUGUUAUUAGAGAGGCUCCGUGAUGAACGCAUAUGUGAUCCUUUGCUAGUACCUCCCCCGUACGACACGCAAACUAACGAAGAUGGAGUUUUGUUUACCAAAUCACCGUCUGACCGGAUUAUGCACUGUUCUGGUUCAUCCACAAACAGAAUCAAUGGUUUGCCUGCUACCCAGCCCUCUGGACGACGACCAAGUUGUCCAAAACUUCAUACUCGAACCUCCAGCACUUCGGAUGACACGGAAUUCGAACGAGUUUGGUGCAGUAAUCCGUUCAACUCUACCCCUUUAAAUCGCCGAAGGCACUUGACUUCAGCCCAACGAACUAUGUCCAGGAAGAAUUCAUCAGUCGUGCUUGAUGUCCCAUCCUGGUGGCGCCCCGGGUGCUUCGCUUGCCCUGUUCAACUCACUGACCGCAUUCGUCUUCACCCACGCUUAUUCCUGGCAACCGGCUCUACACAGCUCGGCACUCCGAUUGGGAAAGGAAGGCGUAUCGUUUCCGCACUGAGAAAACUGUUAGAUAAACCGUCGGUCUUCAACCAACCGGACAUGUUUUUUCUUAUUGACUUCACUUUACGAGCUCCCGAUUCUAGCGAAACGCUCGAUCAGACUGCAAACAACCGGCGUUUAAAUAGUAUGGAGUCAUCACCAGGUGCACCUGUGUUUUACAUGAUUCUCAAAGAAGUGACGGUGGAGGCCCCAGGCAAGGAUGUCUGCUCGUUUAGUUUAGAUGGAUAUGUCUCAGAUGACUUUCAGUUUACCGGUGCUCAGCGAACUCCGGAAGAACUCAGGCACGCUGCUGAUAAGAUUGGUAGCGAACCACCUUCAUGUACGGAUCGAGGUAAAGCGGCUCAAUUCCUACAGUUUUCACUGCAUGGAAUAGAAAAACCAAGUCGAAACCUAUGCAAAUUUGUUCGUGAAAUGCUUCAAAGUCGUUUGGAUGGUCUAGUGCUGGAGCACUUCUCCGAUGGGUUAUCGCGUAAUGCAAUUAAUCGUCUGUCUUCAGCAGAUCUUAGCUUCCUAGUUAGCCGGAAAUCCCAAUCACCUACAUGUCAUUAUUAUAUCGCCAUGCCCAAAUUUCUGUCUGAAUGCAACCUUCCGACACAUCAUCCUUAUGCACCUCGUAAGCUAAUUUUGGCCUUCUGUCAUUAUCUGAAGCAAAAUCUCUCCUUGUUUCUUCAUGCUGUCAAACUGGAUCGUGAUGCUCCGUUGUUUGGUGGAUAUGAACACCUGGAAUUGUUUUUGUAUCAUCGACCUCGAGCUCACGGAGUUGAGAAACUAGGGGUGGCUACUAUUAUCUUUCACUUGUUGACACGAUCCAGCGUUGGCAAUGGUUCUGCUCCUACUUCGAAUCUCGUUCCACACACUAUCAAGGAUUGGUCCUUGCCAAAUGAAUUAAUUCCCCUUAUUGCUCCUGUUAAUUUCGGCCAGUGUGUACCGUCCUUCGAUGAUUUGUAUGCAGCAGUCACAGACUUUCAUGAAAUUUCUUUUGUUGAGGUUAAUUCGACUGUGGCAGUGGACCAGUUAUUGAUUUCGAUACAAAUUUGGGAGCGUGGAGAAGUAGAUAUUGAAAACCUAAAAGCCCGUAUCAGAAGUACAGUUCUGCACAGCAUCUACGAUGUGAUUACUGAGUUUUUUGUACUAACUGCGUCGAUGAAAUCACUUGUGGCUACCAAUGACGACACUAAUACUUCUGAACCUGAUAACGAAGUUCAGAGUACUUUGAAUCCGUACAUUACAGCCGUGGUGUUACCUUGGCUCCGACAAGGUCGUCACUUCGACUCAUCUCUUGUUGUCAAAUUGAAUUUGCGGUUAGCAUCUACCCUCUUCGUGAACCAGUUCCUUGUUGAUCUCCUUCGCCCCUUUCACGUGACCGAAGUGCCACUUCCAUCGAGGGCGUCGAGAACUCUGGAUGGUAGUUUGGAUAGUAUGUCGUUCUUUGUGUACCACAAAGGAAGCGAAAAUUCAAGUGAAUAUCGGCUUACUGGCUUGGAUCGUCUGCGCGGCUCUUCUGUUUCUCGUCCUGGCCAGUUUUCCAAAUUUAUGAUUAUUGGCCAGAAUUUUCCGACAUGGAGGCGUCUACUUGGACGAAAGAUUGGGACAGCAGGAGAGAAUUCGGUCUUGGGACGACGGCGGCACCCAUCUAAGGGUGUACACUCUGAUCCUACUCACCCGGAAUUGGGCUUCUCAUCGUCCAUUGCGACUGGUGCCCUAUUACGCAUGCAACCUCUACUAAUGGUGUUCAAUGUUCCUGUGCCACGUUCUACUCCGAGUGUCAUCGAGAUUGACGCAAAGCAAAAAUCCUGUCUUUCCAAUCGCCCGAUUAUCGAUUUUUCUCCAUCAACUACCACUAUUGCUUCUCCGAGUAGAGCUGCUGCUGCUGCUGUCUCGUUGGUUACUGGGGACAGUAUCACUUCUGAUGGCUUACCCGGCUUCUGUCCGAUCAAUUUUCAACUGCCUUCAGAUGUGACUUCGAUAGAAGGGGAGCAUUCUGAGCCAUCCGGAUUCACGCUCAGUUAUCCCCAGUCCGUAGGCAGUCCCAUCUGUGUUGCUGAUGUAUCAGUUGCCAAUGCGGCUCCGAUUGCUGCUGCUGUCUCAUCUGCUGAACAGUUCCUCACUGUAAAUGUUCAGGUUCCUAGGCAAGCCUACUGUCUGUUUACCAUCGAGGACCGCCAAGUCACUGUGUAUACCUACAACUGGUCCAGGGAGGAGGUAGAACGCCUUGCGCAUCGAUGCACCGCCCUUGCAGAUUGGUACAAUAACCGGGUGAAGCUCUUAUCCACUUUGUCCGCUCAAAAACUCGGCCUAUUUCACAAUUUGGAUGAUGCCUUCACUCGAGGAUGUGUGUCUCGCACUGCGACCUUGGUAUACAACACCUGCCCACCGGAACUAAUGGGCCCAGUUGAAUCUCCGCCUUCUACCUCUAGCUUGUUAGAGAAGCCAGUUUGGCCCGUCAGUAUAUCUGGCACAGCAGUGCCUAUCGGCACCAACUUUGUGAAAACGCAGUCUACACGUCGGCGGUAUCCAACUUCCGGAACAGAUUUGCCAACGUCGGUAUCGGGGCCUGGCGGCAGUGUUACCAAUACGCCAAAUGCCUCUGGUCAUGUGGGCUGCACCACGAAUGUUCCCUCCUCACAUGGCGGUGUACUUUCUACCGAGUCGCAGAUUGCGUCCGUGCACAAUUUUCUGCGUUUGUUUCGGGACUGCGGUUGCAUCCCACCUUUGGAGCCGUCCACCACCGGUGAUCUACUGCAUCGGCAUGGCCGGCAAGCUCUUGCUGCCCUGGAGCUGGAUUAUCAUCGCGCACAUCAGCUGGAACUUAUGAGCCUUCCAUUUCGUGCUUGGCAAGCGGCCCGCAGACACAGCCAACCCAGUGAACCUGGAGGUGUCUUCACGGGUUCUGUCACCACUGGAUCUCAGUACUCUGCAAAGAACCACAACCCGUCGUCCGGCUUGGGAAGUAUAAGUGCCGAGGCUGCACUGGCGAGCGAUCCAUUGCCGAAACGGCUCCGUCGGUUCUCCUCUAUUCGCAUGGCUUGUCGACUUUUGCACACUGUAUGUACGCCCAUAUUGUUCUACCCUGCGGUGAGAGCCAAGGCAGUGCAAGCUGCCCGGCUAGAGAGCAUCACACUUAGACGAGUGGCCGAAGCGUGUUAUGCGGCCCAACAAGGCGGUCUGCGCGGUGGCAGUCGUCCGGAUUCGGAUUGUGAAGCAUCGCAGCAGCAGCAGCAGCAGCAUGCGUAUGAUGAUGACCGGACUCUACGCGCUGGCGCUUUGCGAGCGGUUAUCCGCACUGUCCAAACAGAAGCGCCGAUUUUACCGUGCGAUCACAGUUCCACAACCGGAAAUUCCAUCACCGGCGCCCGUACGUUGGCUGACACGCUUUCCCAUACCAAGGUACAGACUGACCUACCAAUAUCAGGACAUACUCAAUCACCUUUGUCACCUUGGCUCAGCUGGUCGCGCAACGUUUUGCUCGACGCUGCAGAAGAACCUACCAACUCUUGCAAAGAAGACCCUAACUGUAACAUUGCUGGGGAAAUUGUCCCGUCAUCAAAACCACCCGGCACCUUCGGUCAUACACAUGACCAAUAUCACCGUGCUGCCUUGGCAUUCCUUGCCGAAUACGUGCGAUAUCUUCAGCACGCUGUUGGGUUUCACGUUAUCCCCUUCACUGAUCCUGGUGCUGGUGUCUCUGCGAGAGAUCAGAGUGCAUCCUCUACCCCGACUGGAUCAUACGCUUUACUGCACAAGACUAUCCAUUUGGCUGGAGUGCACAUCGUGGAAGUUUUCAUUCGCCAUUUUCACCUCCACAUUCGCUUGGGUACACUUGAACUUGGCCGUUUCAGCCGACACGGAUCUCGUUGUCUCAUCGCUGGUCCACUCAGUGCUGCGGUGAUCACCCAGGCAGCUGCAUCAGCUGCUGCGACUGCGGCUUCCGUGAGGCGGGACGCUGCUACCUCCAUGAGUCGAGUUCCCGGGUUAGCGAUUACAAACCCCAACAUAGAGCCAUUGUAUUCAGGCUCAAGCCGAAUCGAUCAUCAUCAGCAGCAUGCGAUUAGCUUCUCCUGGGAUGAAUCAAGCCGCUUGUGUGAUUACACACACAUCCAUUCGUUCUCUUACGAUUACUACUUGCGCAGUAUCCAGGAGUAUUUGGCGAGUCAGCGUCAUCGCCGAAAGCCGGGAAAUUCGGCCUCUGGUAGAAAAUUUUCCAAUUCAGCGUUUACCAAUGCAAUCGGAAUCACGGACUUCCCGGUGACAGAUUUUCUAUCUGAUCUACACCUUUUGUCUCCUCAACCUCCAGUUUUUGCUCGAGGCUGCCUACGCUCAGUUCAACUCAGCUGUCCAGUGGGCGCCCAUCUGAGGCCUGAUCAGGUCUUUCAUCAUCUCAUUGAAGCGCAUCGGAAGUACGACAUCCAGCUCAUUCGUAUGGCCAAAGAUCGCAACAGUUCAACUUCUUCAGCUUCUGCAUUCCCUCCCAAACUCAAUCCAUCAUAUACCUACGGAAUUCUUGAAUUACACCUCACCGAACAGGGGCGAACUACGACGCUAGACUCCAAUCGGUCUGUUCGAUACUCCAGUUUAUGUGAUCCCGAUUCAUUGCAUAGCACUCUUCUCGGUUCUUCAUCUUCGCAUACACCGACCACGUCUGCAGUCUCAGGUGUACCGAAUGCUCAGCUGACAGACCCCGGAAGUAACAAGUGGGGUGUUGAUGCCUCCAUCGCAGCAGUCGUGGUAGUCAACGAGAGAAGUAUCCUCAACCUGUCCGCCGAAGGCAUUCGCAACAAUUCUACCGACCGCCUGUUACACCUGAUCAUGUACUUGAUCGCCACCGACCCAUACAAUCGUUUUCCCAAAUCGAGCCUUGCUCGUAUGCAUGAGCCACUGGUUUCACGUAUUACAAACGUGAUUCAGUGGCCUGCUGUCGCGCCCUGCUUGGAUUUGACUACCGAACCACUAUCGAAAUUGGGGCCAAAAUUAGGCCGCAGUUUGAGCAACCAAGGUCCUAGUACCUUUAGUACGCCUUAUAGACCUCAUUCAUCCUCCUCAAGCCGCAGCAGAUACACGUCUCUGACAACUGAUCUUGGAUUGGAAGAACUAACCGCUAAGGAACAACGUGAGCAGAAUGACGCCGCUUCUGAUGGUGCACCACCUCUCCCCAAAGAUACAGCCGAGGAGGAGGUACGUUUGCACGUCUCCUAUCUGGGGACCUGGCCUGCACAUCAGGUUCCAGUACAGCACGCGCUGGAGUCGGCUCGAGCAAUUAUUCAAGAACGGGUCCUUCAUGUGAUCAAACGAUCCGAAUUGGAAUGUCACAAAAAUCUUCUCUGGUAUCGGUUGUUUGAUUCUCAGCAGUAUGUGAAUGCUGAGUAUACGGCAACCUUCGACCAACCCUCUCCAAGACCUUUUUCAGCACAAGUCACCACUCCGUCAUUUUCUGCCUCGACAGUGGAGUACGGUGCGCAACCCUUACUCGAAGGCGACAAUUUGUCCAUCACCGAAUUAGAAGAAUUAGUUCAUUCCGCACCUUUUCAACUGAACGUGCUUGAUCUGGAUCUACGACUCUGUCAAAUACUUCAGUUCGGCGCGUGUCAUUUUGCGGAACUCGCACAAUCGAUCAACCUGGCAUUUAUAGCGAACCGACUUGCCGCCGCCAGCACUGGCAAAAUGACGUCAGACUCGGUUCCAUUUGCCUGUUUCUUUCAAGGGACCCCUUCGAACGAUCCCAAUCCGGUGUUAUGCGAAGUAGACCAUCACAUUGCCUUCUUUUGCCCUAAUUUUACGACCGGUUUCGUGUUGCUCUCUUGGAUCCAAAACACGGAAGUCGUUGAGGACUCUAACCCACGUGCCAAAGAGGAUAACUUUAAGAGUUUUCAAUUACGCGUUAUAUUUCGUACUUUGGGUGAUCCGAUACAAACCGACUUGCCGCAACGCAUUAUAGAUUCAAAGCAACAAACAGAGUCUCUAUUUUUCGAACACUCACCUCUACCACUUGUGAUUACCACUAUUGUGGACAAACUUACCUUUUUCAUUUGGCGCGACAUGCAUUCCCGAAAACCCUGAAAUGGUGUAUUUUUUCUUAUAAAAAUUUUUACGAACUCACUCAAUCUGUUUUCUUAUGCUUCUCAGCAGCCUGUCUUUCUACAUUGUAUACCCUAUUUUCUUCCUCGUGGACAUACAUGCAACAUUUUUCUCGUCAGUGU